AAUUAAUAUAAUUAAAAUUAUUGUGCAUAAUUAUUUAUAAGUAUUUUAAGAUCUUAUUAAUUCAUAUUUUAUUUGAAGAAAUACGUAGAAAAGAAAUAUUUAUGAGAUCCUGUUUAAUUAUCAUGUGUUGCUGAAUUUAAAAACGAUAAAAUUAUGUAUAUGUCUACUGAUCAUUGGAAAGGUAGAAAUACAUACCAUGAUAGCGGAUCGGAAAGUACACCAUUACUUUCUUCAGAUUCUCAUUGUAGUCAUGGAUCAGUUAUAUUUCAAAAUUCUGAAAUAAGUGAUUUAGAAUUUCAACAUGAUAAUAUAGAAGCUGACAGCUUAAAUUCAAUGGCUACUAUUUUUCCAAAAAGAUUACUUCCUGUUUUACAAGAUAAUACAUCUACACCAGCAGAUAUAUGUCAAUGCUACGGAAUACAUAACUGUAGCUCGAUAAGGAACAAAAGAUAUGAUGAAAGUAAUGAGCAAUCAUUGUCGAAGGAAUAUAAUAUAGAAUAUCUAUCAAGCAACUUAACAAUACGACAUGAGAGUAUCGAGAUUUCAAAUAAAGAUAUUAAGCCAAAACAAAGUUCUUUAGUCACAAUUUUCUCAAUAUGGAACACGAUAUUGGGCUCAUCUUUGCUUACUAUGCCAUGGGGUAUUCAAAUGGCGGGUUUUUUUCCUGGAAUUAUUCUUGUAUUAGCAAUGGGUGCUUUGUGUCUUUACACUGCUUAUCGUUUAAUAGUCGUACAUCAAUACCAUGGUUCACGAGAGAACAUCGAAGUUGUACAGUUGAGUCGAAUAUAUCUUAACAAAUGGGUAGAAUACAUAGCAAGGAUCUUUAGUAUUUCAGUUUUGUUAGGUGCAAUGAUAGCCUAUUGGAUAUUGAUGUCUAAUUUUUUAUAUAAUUCAGUUAAUUUUUUUUAUGAUAAUGUGAUGGGACUGCCUACGUAUUCUAUAACUGAUAAUAAUACAGAUAUUGCAGAAAUUUUGUGUACAAGAAAAGAAAUGUAUAAUGGCAGUGAUAUAAUAAUGGCACAAGAACGCACAUUUGAUGCUUUAGGUCCAGCAUGGGAUUUGCACAAAACAGUACCUGCAUUUUUAGCUAUAAUAAUAUUUCCGCUACUUAACUUCAAUAGCACCACAUUUUUCACGAAAUUCAAUUCCCUUGGAACUGUAUCAAUUAUAUAUAUAAUUAUAUUUGUUUUAAUAAAAUCCGCAUCAUGGGGAAUACAUAUGGAUAAAGCAAUGUGGGAAAUUAGUUGGGUAUUGAAACCUACAUUUCCAGCAUUGUCUGGUAUGCUAGCAUUAUCAUUUUUCAUUCACAAUAUUAUAAUUACUAUAAUGCAAAGUAAUUGUGAUCAAUCUAAAAAUGGUAGAGACUUAACGAUAGCAUAUGGUCUCGUUACAAUAACCUACAUUAUAGUAGGUGUAUUAUUUUUUGUGUGUUUUCCUCUUGCCAAAUCAUGUAUUCAAGAUAACUUAUUAAAUAAUUUUAAAGAAUGGGAUGCUUUAACAAUAGUUGCUCGUAUAGUAUUAUUAUUUCAACUAUUAACUGUUUACCCAUUACUCACAUAUAUGUUAAGAAUUCAAUUGAUUUCAUCACUAUGUAAGACAUCUACCAUAUAUAGCACAGUAAUAACCAAUUUCAUUUUGAUUUCGAUCUGUAUAUUAUUUGCUACAUUUUUACCAUACAUUGGAACUGUUAUAAGAUAUACCGGUGCUUUAAGUGGCUUAAUUUAUGUAUUUACUUUACCAUGUUUACUUCAUUUAUCUUUUCUACGAAAGCAAGGAAAAUUGACUACAAUUUCAACAAUUGUACAUUUAAUUAUACCAAUUAUUGGUAUAUUAAACCUUAUAGCUCAAUUUUUUAUAGUUGAUCAUUGAUAUUAGAUGUAAUGCUUUGACAAAAU